UUUCUUUUACUGUCUAUGGUCCUGUCCUGAGUUGCCCCGUUUGUCGCUCUGAUUGUCCCUUAUAAGCUCACGUAGACUUGGACAGACUAUCAACUCCGUGUACUCUCCGCUAUCAGUGAAGGUCGUAAGUGUAAUGACGAUGUCGCUGCCAAAGCCAGUCAUGCGAGGGCUCCUCUCUAAGCGAUUGAGGUUUCACUUGCCCAUCGCUUUCACUCUGUCGGUGGUUGCAGCAGCAGUGUUCAAGUACACCGUCACAGAGCCAAGAAAACAGGCAUAUGCUGAUUUCUACAAACAGUACGAUGCCAUGAAGGAGUUCAAUGCCAUGAAGGAAGCUGGCAUAUUUGAAAGUGUCCGACCAUCUGGGGAAUAAACUUCUGUGAUGUCCCACUGUCCAUUCCCAAUUUUUCUUCCUGUCGGCCUAGAACAUUUUGUGUGUUGGUAUGAAUAAAACAAAACAUGCUCUACUACUGUA